GAACAAUAUUUUGUUGAUGGCAGUUGUUGAAGGCGGACGAAUCAGUACGGCGCUGCGUGCGCAUUUACCGUGUGAAUACAAUAGCGGAAAACGGUCGGACAAAGGAAGUAGAGAACGCUGGGCUUCGUUAUAAUCGUUAUUCAACUCGAGUCGAGUCGAGCAGCACGACGUUCGCCGCCAUUACGCCAUUACACUCGAAUCGAUCAGGCGAUUUAUGCAGAUCACGAUAUCCCUCGUGCGUACGGCGCAAAAGUCGAUAUCAUCGCGGAUGAAUCGCGGUGGUCGAUAGUGGAUCCACGAGCAUCGUUCUGUUCCGCGAGAAAUUGAACUUCGAUAUCUGGCGGAAUAAGUCAUCGGCACACGAGGUGAGACGCGGGUAAAUUCGUCAGAAGCGGCGAAAACGCCGUUCGGCGAGAACGGUCGCGAGGCCACUCGUCUCUCGGGUACGCGUCUUCAAGCUACCUGCAGGCUUUAGGUUAUUGAACGCAAUGCGUGUUUAAUUAAGUUUAAACGGACAAACGGACGGUCAUGGAAAAUAACAAGCAAUUAGUGGCAUCGAACAGCUCGGUGAAACUGAGUAGCACGCCGGACGACGGGAAGAACGAUAUACAAAUGGUACUGGCGAAAAUGAUGGAAGAGAAGCACACGUACACAUAUAAGAAACUGGUAGUGCCUCCAUCAAUGAGGAGCAUUUACUGGAAAUUCUUUGGGUUUCCAGCGACCGAUGAAGGUGAUAUCCUCACGAAAGUAAAGAUUGUAUGUGUGCUAUGCAAGACGCAAAUCGCUUACAACCGUAACACGAGCAAUCUACGCAUGCACCUGCAAAACAAGCAUGCCCAAGAGCUGCUGGAGCUGGAGUCGGCGAAUCCACCUUGCAGGCAGAUCGUCUCGCAGGAUCACAAGGAGCGCAAGGCGCAGAAGAGAUUGCUCAAGGCAGGUUUGAGCCCAGCGAAAUACAUCUACACCACCAAUGUGGAUGGCACGGUCCAGAUAGACGGUGACAUACAAUUCGUCACGGAUCCUAACAUAACAUUGUCAAACAUAGAAGACGAUAUCACUAUUGGCCAGCCGUUGAGAGUGAUGAUCAAGGGUGGAUCCAACAGUAAUAAUCAGAACGUAGCUUUUCUCAUGUCAGAUGACAACACGAUGAAUCAAUCAGAGAUCGAUGGCAAAACCCUGUCGGACGCUGUUGCGGAGUUCAUCGUAAUGGAUCUUCAAUUACCAGAGAUUGUAGAAGGUCGCGGAUUUCAGAGGCUUGUUGCUACCUUGCGCUCACCCUGUGAAAUCCCCAGCAAGAACAAAUUAGAGGAGGAGAUAAUACCAAGGAUAUACGAGACCUUCCGCGUGUCUGUGGCAGCGUCGUUGUCCUGCAUCACGUCCGAACUGGCACUGACGUUCGAAGAAUGGAAAUCAAACGACACCGAAAGCUUCGUUACCAUAUCAGUUUAUUAUCUGAAUGUCGAAGAAGCUGAAUUGGAGUGCAAGAUUUUAAGCACUGUUCACGCACCAUCGGAUUGGGAGGAGAUACAUUGGAGCAACAUGAUAGACACUCUGUUACUCGAGUGGGACCUCAAAAUCGAGAAGAUAACUGCGGUGGUUGUCAGCAGUUCGAGAACGGAAUUAAUCAUGGCAUUGACUAAUCGCAGCUUGACUAUUGUGCCCUGCUUGCUCCAUACUCUACAAGUAUGCGCGCAAGCUUGCUUCGAUAAUCCAGAUGUGGCUCACAUAUUGACCAAAUGUAGAGCAGUGAUUGGAGCCAUCAUAAGCCAUCCAGGAACAUAUGCAGCACUGUCCAUGCAGGAGCAAUUGUCAGCGUUGAAAGAAAAUGCUAUGUUGCUGGAUUAUCCUGGCGUAUGGAUCUCUACGCACAACAUGCUGGAACAAAUGGUGCUACGUCGUAGUAUUAUCACAACUAUAUUAGAAAACAUGGAAGGAAUGGAUCAAGAAUUGGUCGAGAUUACCAACGACCAGUGGAAAAUUAUGGAGGAUCUCGUGACUGUUCUCGAGCCGUUUAAAGUUACUACUAUGACACUCAGCGAGGAAAAAAUACCUCAAAUAUCGUUGUUGAAGCCAUUACUUUGGCAACUUGUGUCCUCGCAUCUCAAAGUACAAGAAUCGGACAGCGAGACUGCCAAGUCUUUCAAGGAAUCUCUGUCGGAUAUGUUAUGCGAGCGAUAUGCGGACGGCAACGUUACGCUGCUUCUACAAAUUGCAACUACUUUGGAUCCCAGAUUUAAAUCAAUGCCGUAUGUCACUGAAGAAGAUAAAAACAUAGUUAGUGUUCCGAUAAAGGAGAUGCUGACGAAAUUAAUGCAGGAGGACUCCGGCAAUAUUUCAAUAAAACACGAAGACGAAAUGCCACCAAGCAAAAAAAGUCGAUUAUCAGGAAUGGAGCUUCUACUUGGCGGCUUGUGCGCUGCAAAGAGCGGGAUGCCCGCAGAAGAGAAAGCGGAUCUCGAGCUUGUACAAUAUCAAUCGGAAGCCACGGCGUCUCUCGAUAGUUGCCCGUUGCAAUGGUGGCUUCGAACGUCCGCGAAGUGCCCGAACUUAACGAAGUUAGCGAACAAGUAUCACUGCGUGCCCGCGUGUUGCGCACCGCCAACACGAAUUCCGCCGGAAAUGCAGAUUCAGUACGAUACGAAGCGAGCGGCUUUACCACCUCACCUGAUUGACAAAUUGCUCUUCCUGCACGGCAAUCAUACAGUGUAAGUGGCAUAGCACUUGAACAGGUUGUUGAAGAAAUAUCUCAUUCUAAUGUACAUACAAUAUUUUUAUAAAAAAACUACUUCGGUCUUUCGCGAUGCAGUCAGCGCAAAACGCAAAUCGCAAAGUGAUAUGCAUGUACAUUUCAAAUGCAAGUGUAUAUACAUGAUUCCUGAAAUCGAACAAGUAUCAC